AUGGUCGUCUACGCCGAUGCAGCCCCAGGGCUGGCAGCCACAACGAUUCUACUUACGACGUUGGCACUAAUCACAUUCGGUUUGCGCGCUUAUUGCAGAUUGAGCCGCAGAUCGUGGGGUCCUGAAGACUGGAUCAUGACAGCAGCAUUGGUUUAUAGGCACCCUUUUUUGUACUUGUUGGUGGAUGUCUUGGGGGGGGCAUUUAAUGGAAUUGGUGCUCAUACUACCACGCUUGCGAAGCCUGGCAAUGAAAAAUACUCAGCCGAGGCACAGAAGUUUUUCCUGAUCUUCGAGGUCGGCUACUGCUCUGCUAUUAUCCCAAUCAAACUGAGUAUCAGCUGGAUGUUGAUCCGUGUGGCAGAAGGGAGAAAAAUCUAUGUUUAUGUGCAAUACGUCGUCAUUAGCAUGUUUGUUUUGAUGAACAUCAUCGCGUUAAUCUUUAUUCUGAUCAACUGCAUUCCCGUCCAAGCUGCUUGGGAUACGGAACUCCUCAAACAUGGUGGCCACUGUCAGCCCAGCUAUGUUCUCGCCAACGUUUACUACGCCUGUACUGCCGUCAACAUUUUUACUGACUGGGUUACUGCUUUCCUCCCGGUACCUUUGCUUUGGAAUGUGCAGAUCAAUCGUAACACCAAGAUUUCGAUUAUUGGACUGAUGGGCCUUGGAGUUUUUGCAUCCCUCUCAGCCUGUAUCCGCCUCAAAUAUACAGUCGCCCUUACCAGCCAGACCGACUACCUCUUCGAAGUCGCAAACGUUGUGAUCUGGGGAUUCGCAGAAAAUGGUAUCGGAAUGAUGGUCGGCAACAUCGCAACUCUCCGUCCGCUGUUCCGCGUCCUCCGCGACGGCAAGACCUCCGACUACAACAACUACAACAAAUCUCCCGGCUUCAGUGGCUCCCGUAGUGGAGGUGCGAUGUUCUCACGUAACUACGAGCUCGAGAGCGGAAAGAACCUUAACCAUACUACUACCGAGGUUGAUCACGGCCCGCGUGGCAGCUUGAGUGAUGGUGAUAGCCAGAAAGACAUCCUGGAGAAUGGACAAAAGCCUGGCCAAGCUGAUAUCCUUGUCAACCGUCAAGUUAUGGUGACCUAUGACUAA